AUGUGGCUGGUCCUUCUUACAUAUCAACUUGCCACACUCCUUCUCACCCAGGCUCAAAAUGCCUGCAUUGGACACUCCACCUUCAGAAGUCCAGCUAACUCAGACAUCGAGGUCCUCUGCGGCUCUCAAACGGUGGACCUUCAGAUCCUGCUGUGUCCCAUCUAUUUCAACGGCUACAAUGAGUCCCUGCUGGCCCUCAACUCGGAGCACUCCAAAGAGCAGUGCAGAGGGACUCCUGACUGGGAGGCGGACCCACCUGUGGUUAAAUUCAACUUCUCCAUCACGGAGGAGGGGAUCACCACCUGCUCCAACAAGCUGACAGUCACUGAGGAGACUGGAACUGGACUGUUUGCAGACUUCUCCCAUGUCCAGUACAUCAACAUCUCAGGUAUGGUCUGCUCAGAGGACCCCACCACAGGAGCCAUUACCUAUCACCAGGAGGUGAUGUACAGGUUCUCCUGCCGCUACCCUCUGCAGUACCUGGUCAACAACACUCAGAUGAGCGUGUCUGGGGUCAGUCUGGCAGUCAGAGACAACAAUGGGAGUUUCAUCAGCACGCUGAGCAUGCGACUCUUCGCGGACAAUAGUUACUCCUCCGUGCUGCAGGUCCCCCCAGGAGGCCUGGAGCUAAAGACCAGGAUCUUUGUAGAAGUGAAGGCGUCCAACCUCACCAACAGGUUCAAUGUGCUCCUGGACCGAUGUUACGCCACGGCCUCGCCUUUCCCCAUCAACGUCACGUAUCAUGAUCUCUUUGUUGGGUGUGACCGGGAUGGACAGACGGUAAUGGGAGUCAAUGGAGAGCAGCAGUUAGCUCGCUUCUCCUUUGAGGCUUUCCGCUUUGUCCAAAGCUCAGAUGCCACUCUCUCCACCUACUACGUACACUGUGCCACCAGGCUCUGUGUGAACUCCUUCUGCCCCAACCUCGUUCAGAACUGCACCACCAACUCGAGGAGGCGCCGCAGCACCAGCGACAACCAGGGCACCACAGUGAGCGACAUGGCCACCAUCAGUUCAGGUCCCAUCACCAUCCGCUCAGAUAACGGCUAUCCGCUGGCAUCUGGAGGUCCUCAGCAGACUCACGUGGACAGCACCGUGCUGGCUGUUUCACUUGUGGCGGGCAUCGUCGGGGCCAUCUGCCUUACGCUGGUAGCGUUUGUUGUUUACCAGAAUUACAAGUCUAAUAUCAUUUUAAAGAACACAAUGCUGAACCCGCAAGAGUGA